AAAACAUCUGAGGCAGUACAACAACACUACAUCUACGACCUUUUACAUUGCACAAUUUACAUUUUCACAUCUAAACAUCAGCCAUAUACCAAUUGAUCAGUAUGGCACCUCUUAAAGUUGGCGACUCCCUACCCGAGGGCGUGAAGUUCGAAUGGGCGCCCAUCACAGAUGCUGAUCCCACCGCCUGCGGUCUGCCCCAAGAGUACGAUGCCUCCAAGGAAUGGGCGAACAAGAAGGUCGUCCUGUUCAGCGUUCCAGGUGCCUUCACACCUGGCUGCCAAGCGCGCCAUCUGCCUCCUUAUAUAGAGAACGUCGACAAGUUUCGCCAGAAGGGUGUAGAUAUUAUUGCGACGAUUGCAUCGAACGAUGCUUGGGUCAUGAAUGCCUGGGGCAAGGUCAAUGGUGUCAAGGGGGAUGAUAUCCUAUUCCUUAGCGACACGAAGACUUUCUUCUCCAAGCAGCAUGGCUGGCCUGCAGGUAUGGGAGAUCGCAAUGGUCGCUGGGCUAUGAUCUUCGACCAUGGUAAGGUUACCUACGCCGAGAACGAGAAGAGCGCCGGCGAGGUUACGGUCUCCGGUGCCGAGGCCACGCUUGCUAAAUUGUAAGCGAAUAGAACUUACGGCAUCUCUCUCCGGAGUACUUGAAACAGAGAGCGUGCUAUCAACUUCAUAGAUGGCUAGACUGCUACCUCUUAGAAGAGGGCAAUAGACAUGACCCAAAAUGAAAUCAAAAGAUGAAGAAGCGUU